GGCGAGAGUCCAUUGUUGUCUAUUACUCGUCGAGAGGGACAUGUUCAUGUUAUUCUUAUAACAAACACCCCAAACGCACUGUUUUGAUUACAAGUGACAUCUAAUCCUUAAAAGAGCGAGCACCACCUAUAGGAGAUCGAAAGUGGCUUUUUCAUGGCUCUGUAAGCGGAUGCAACAAUAUGCGGAUGGUUUUUACAGCAUCUGGUACAAAAUCUCUGUUCACAUGCGGCAUUUUAAAAGGGAUAGAUAGACAGGAGAUGCCAAACGUCGAGUCACUGGAGAAUGAAAACCUACAUUGAAAGAUCACGUUCAUCUUUGGCCAUCACCACAUGUUAAAUGGAUACCGAAUGGAGCGCAACAUGUAGCCGAUUUCCUGUGUGCACUGUAAAAUCAGAAGUCCCGCAUAGUGCUCCGGGGUUAUUAUCAACUGAGGACAGAGGCGCAGUUUUCUCAAGCUAAAUAUUGGAAGGGAACGAAAGACAUUGCUCUCGGGAUCAGUCUGUCAACUGCAAAGGAGAAACGAAUCUAGGCCUUUUUUUUGCAAAACUUGCAAAGGCUGUCCAUAUUUCCCAGUAAUUUUCUUAAAAAUCCCUGUUUUUCCCAACGUGGAUUGCUAGUCAGGCGUUAUCUCAGGUGGAGGGGCCACAAUUCAUGAUCAAACAGCAUCCCAUAUUCUUCACUUCUUUUGAGUUUUCACCAUGGAAACCCCAUGUGAACAUUGGUGACGACCUUGAUGCAAUGAAUAUGGAGAGAAGGGUGGCAAUGUAAACAAAGUUUUGUAUUCGAAAAGAAACGAAGCUAUAUUAUCACCCCCACUUUAUUCUUAGUGAAUUUUCCAUGGGCUCCUUUUGCCUUAGGCCUACAUUUAGAGAACAUUGGAUUGGUGAAUCAACUGACACUGUCAGAGGCGUGUAACUAACAAAUAUGUGAGCAAAGCUAUUCCAAAGUGCAGAUCCUGAUAAUCAAGACACUACGUGGGAUUUAAAGGACAUUCGUGACACCUCAGGGCAAAGGGUUCAGUUUACACGCAGGAGAAUAAAAGGAAACCCGAUGAGAGAGCACGAUGUAGGCCUACGUUUGAACCUUACAACAGUACCUUGAGGAGUUUUACACCUGCAGAACUACAAACAGAUUUCCACUUUUUUACGACGAGGUCACAGGAAGAAUACAAAACGUAGUCAUUAUUCACGAUGCCUCGCAACCGGGCCUUCUCAGAGCCGGAGUACUCAGCAGAAUAUUCCGCGGACUGCUCUGUGACUCUACCAUCGGACCCAGGCCAUGCCGUGGGGCGCUCGCACGAGGUAACGGUUCGCAGCCAAGGGUGCUGCCUCUGCCUCCCACGCUUCAUGCGUCUCACCUUUGCACCCGAGUCUCUGGAGAACCUCUAUCAGACCUAUUUCCGGCGGCAGCGACACGAAACCCUACUGGUUCUGGUUGUGUUUGCUGCCCUGUUUGACAGCUACAUAAUUGUCAUGUGCGCUGUGGUCUACACAGGCGAAAAGCUGGCCUCUGUGGUGGUGGCAUCACUGGGCCUGGCAUCAGACAUCCUACUCUAUGUGUUGUGCCGCUACGGCCUGCUACCCGACCGCAUCUCGAGACGUGUGGUGCCCUAUGCCCUGUGGGUGCUCAUUGCGGCCCAGAUCUUCUGCUACCUGGGCCUGAACUAUGCCCGCUUCCACCAGGCCAGUGACACAGUGGGCUGGCAGGCAUUCUUUAGCUUCUCCUUCUUCCUGACACUGCCCUUGCGGCUCACGCCCAUUGUGCUGAUCACAUCCGUGUCGUGCGGGGUCCACACCCUAGUGCUGGGGGUCACCAUUGCUCAGCAGCAGCAGGAGGAUAUCCAGGGGGCUGCCCUCGGGAGACAGCUGCUGGCCAACAUAGUGAUCUAUGUGUGUGCCAUCACUGUGGGCGUCAUGUCCUACUACAUGGCAGACCGGAAACACCGCAAGGCCUUCCUGGAAGCACGGCAGUCCCUUGAGGUCAAACUCAAUCUGGAGGAACAGAGCCAGCAACAGGAGCGUCUCUUGCUGUCCAUCCUGCCCAAGCAUAUAGCAGACGAGAUGUUACAGGACAUGAAGAAGAAAGAAGCCAGUCAGACUGGACAGAAGGAGAUGCAGCAGUUCAACACCAUGUACAUGUAUCGCCACGAAAAUGUCAGUAUUUUGUUUGCAGACAUUGUGGGAUUCACUCAGCUGUCAUCAUCAUGCAGUGCCCAUGAGCUGGUCAAGCUCCUCAAUGAACUGUUUGCCCGCUUUGACAAGCUGGCUGCCAAAUACCACCAGUUGAGAAUAAAGAUCCUGGGAGACUGUUACUACUGCAUCUGUGGCCUGCCAGACUACAGAGAGGACCACGCUGCCUGCUCCAUCAUGAUGGGCCUGGCCAUGGUGGAGGCCAUUUCGUAUGUUCGUGAGAAGACCGGGACAGAUGUGGACAUGCGUGUGGGGGUACACACUGGCACUGUCCUGGGGGGCGUCCUGGGACAGAAGCGGUGGCAGUAUGACGUCUGGUCCACUGACGUCACCGUGGCCAAUAAGAUGGAGGCGGGGGGAAUACCGGGGCGUGUGCACAUCUCCCAAGCCACCAUGGAGUGUUUGCACGGGGAGUUUGAUAUGGAGCCGGGGAACGGGGGGGACCGCUGUGAGUACCUGAAGGAGAGGGGCAUCGACUCCUACCUGGUGGUGGUGCCCAAGGGCCCCCUGGGAAAGAACGGCAUCAACGGGGUGAAGUUGUCUGUGAUGUCAUCCAAUGGGAACUCUCCAUUGUUGAUCAACACCACUGAGUGUAAUGGGAGUGUCCACACAGCCUGCACCACACCAGACGAGCCAGAGGAGCUGGACACACGGGUGGUGAACCCUUCGUUCCCCAACCCUCGGCGGAGGCUAAGACUGCGGGACCUGGCCGAGAGGGUGAUUGAUGCGCAAGAGAACGAACAGGAGCUCAACAAACUGCUCAAUGAGGCACUGCUGGAGAGAGAGACCGUACAAGCUUUGAAGGGGAAACGCACCAACCGUCUGUCCCUGCGCUUUGUGGACCCUGAGCUGGAGACCCGUUACUCUGUAGAAAAGGAGAAGCAGAGUGGAGCUGCCUUCAGCUGUUCCUGUGUAGUGCUCUUGUUCACUGCAGCCAUGGAGGUCCUCAUAGACCCUCGGAUGAUAGCAAACUACGUGACCCUAGCUGUGGGAGAGGUCCUGCUGCUCGUCCUAACUGUCUGCUCUCUGGCGGCCAUCUUCCCUCGAGUUUUCCCUAAGAGGCUGGUGUCUUUCUCCACAUGGAUCGACCACACCCGCUGGGCACGGAACACAUGGGCCAUGGCAGCAAUCUUCAUCCUCACCAUGGCCGACAUUGUGGACAUGCUGAGCUGUCCCCGUCCCUCGGGAAACGCCACAAUUUCCCCUCCUUCCUCUGUUGUCCAAUCCGGGGCAGAGGGCUGUCUGGACAACCCCAAGUACUACAGCUACAUCGCUGUGCUGGCACUCAUGGCGACCACCAUGCUGGUGCAGGUCAGCCACAUGGUCAAGGUCACACUCAUGCUCCUCAUCACCAUAGCGACGGGCAUCGUCAACAUCUACAGCUGGAGGGACAUAUUUGACCGCUACGAUAUGGCCCGCUUCCAGGACUACAGGUCUUACCUGGUUCCCUCCAAAUAUGCCAUGACUGUGAUGAUCUUCAUGAUGAUGAUCAGUUUCUACUACUUUUCUCGACAUGUGGAGAAGCUAGCCCGUACUCUGUUCUUGUGGAAGAUUGAGGUCCAUGAGCAGAAGGAGAAGGUGUAUGAGAUGAGGCGCUGGAACGAGGCGCUGGUCACUAACAUGCUGCCAGAGCACGUAGCACGCCACUUCCUGGGCUCCAAGAAAAGGGACGAGGAGCUGUACAGCCAGUCAUAUGAUGAGAUUGGGGUGAUGUUCGCCUCCAUCCCCAACUUCUCGGACUUCUACACAGAGGAGAGCAUCAACAACGGGGGAAUUGAGUGCCUCAGGUUCCUAAACGAAAUCAUCUCCGAUUUUGACAGUCUCCUGGACGAGUCUCAGUUCCGCUGCAUCACCAAAAUCAAAACCAUUGGCAGCACCUACAUGGCAGCAUCAGGUGUCACUCCCAACGUCAGCAACGGCUACGCCUGUCUGAAGAAAGAAGAGCUGACUGACAGAGAACGCUGGCAGCAUUUGGCAGAUCUGGCAGACUUUGCUCUGGCCAUGAAGGUCACACUCAUGAACAUCAACUACCAGUCCUUCAACAACUUUAUGCUACGCAUAGGUUUGAAUAAAGGGGGGGUGCUGGCAGGAGUGAUUGGCGCCCGGAAGCCUCACUAUGACAUCUGGGGCAACACUGUGAAUGUGGCCAGUCGCAUGGAGUCCACAGGGGUCAUGGGUAACAUCCAGGUGGUGGAAGAUUGCUACCACAUCUUGAAGGAGUACGGAUUCCGUUUUGUGAGGAGGGGUCCCAUCUUUGUGAAGGGGAAAGGAGAGCUGCUUACCUACUUUCUGAAGGGUAGAGAAAAACAGGGAUCCUUCAUCAACGGCUCCUCGGUCACCCUGCCACACCAAGUGGUGGACAACUCCUGACCUGCGUGUCAACGCUCACAGAAACACAAACGCACACACAUAAUCAGAAAUAUACAUUCUAAUGUAUAAGUGAGAUCUGAAAUAAUGCUUAUACCAACACUCCAUCUUUCAGAAUUGCAAAGAAUGUAAGAGGAUAUGUCACUCUUGCAAAGAGAGAAGAUUUGUCCCGCCUCCCCCACCCUGUCUGUUCAAAUAUUUUUUUUUGCAAACUACAAAGCUUUUCAAAAUAGUGCUCAGCUACUUCCACUACAGACUUAUGAACACAUAUCACGCUACUGUAUAGUUACACAUAUUUACACACAUUCUUAGACAAACACUCUUCAGACACAGACCGUCUGACAAACACAUUAAUGAAUUCACUACAAUGCCAUCACUCAAGCCAGAUGCAGCCAGGCUGUUAGACUAAAUGCCUAAUUUUGAAUACUUUCACCCUUUUACAAAAUAAUUUAUAUUUGGAAAAUAAUGGAUUUCAUUGUGUUUAUUACAAACUGCUUGGAGAUGAAGAUGACCUGAGAUAAGAUGGUAGUGUGUGUGUGUGUGUGUGUGUGUGUGUGUGUGUGUGUGUGUGUGUGUGUGUGUGUGUGUGUGUGUGUGUGUGUGUGUGUGUGUGUGUGUGUGUGUGUGUGUGUGUGUGUGUGUGUGUGUGUGUGUGUGUGUGUCUGUG